AUGUCUUUCUUUGGCUUCAAUACCGCCCUGCCUAGGGACCAAGAUCCUGGUCAUACUGGUGCGCGGGGCUUUUUCGAGAAUCCGGAUCCUUUCGCGGAGGUUGCCCGUGCUUCGGCGCUUGAAGACGAUGACGCGAUUGACUUCGAGGACACCUACGAUGGCCUUGGUGACCGACUCGACGACGACCAGGAUGAGUUCAACGAUGACACCUUUGGCGGUGGGGAUGCCGGUGGUGGUGUCGGCAGGGACUUUGACUUCUUCGGUCGGACUGCUCAAGUUGCCGAUGCCAUUGGCGAAGAGCACAUCCGAUACAGCUUGCAGAACCCCCAUGCCGCACCUCCCGCCCCACUGGAUGUCCACGUAGCUUCCCAGCCUGUUGCCGAGUCGAUCACCAAGCGCACCGGUUACGAGAAGUAUUCGGAUCCCGGAUAUAUUCCUGAUCUCCAGGCCAAGUCCAGUGUGUGGGGUGUCUCGCAGAAGAAGGCGGAACCGAGUCCAGCCCCGAUGUACGCGAUGCCCACUAUGCCUACGAUGCCAGCUUCUAGCCGGAAGAUGAUGAGUUUAGAGGAGGUGGAAGCCCAGCUGCGCAACCGAGGCCAGGCUUUCGGGCCCAUCCCCACGCAGUCAAUGCCUCAACACAUGCCCGAUCCAUCCUAUCUGCGCCACCCGCAGGACUUCCCCACGCUGCCUGAUGGAUUCCCCACCAACAUGCCCCCGGAAAUUCUUCGACAGCUUGAAAAGGGUGGUCUGCCCCCGCAUAUGUCGCACCCCCCGCCGGGUAUCCAGGAACUGUAUGGCGCCCCUGGUCCUGUGCCUGGUACACCCCUCCAGCAUUUGGUGCAGAAUAACCUUCCUCCACCAAAUCUACCACCUCAAGGCCCUCGUCAUGCGGGUCCACCCCUGGGCCAGCGGCAGCAGCAGCAGAUGCCACCCCCACCUUCUCGGGGACCCAACGGUGGAUUGCCGGUGAUCACUAACCCGCAACAGCUGGUGCAUCUGACCGAGGAACAGCGGAACGCCUAUCUGAUGGAGGACGCUAAGAGGGCGAAGCGCAAUCACAAGAUCUUCCUCCUAUCCCGAGGCAAUGGCUUGAUGACGCCCCAGGACAAGAACUUUAUCACUCGCAUUCAGCUCCAGCAGCUUGUGGCUGCGGCUGGCAAUGUGGCGGAUGCCGACCCCGAGGCUGUCCUCGCCGAGGACUUCUACUACCAGGUUUACAGCCAGAUUCGGGGUGCUCCACGCCAGCACCCUCACCAGCCCCUGGGACACUUUGCUCAAACAUACCUUCUGCAGACUGGUAACCGGAUUGGCGGACAUGGAAACCGCCGGGCAUUCCAGGGCGCGGAUAACCACAUGCAGCGCAUGCAGCAACAGGUGCAGCGUGCUGUCGAGGCAGCCAAGGCCAAGCCGAAGAACAAGCAGCUCAUCAUCGAAGGCAGUCUGGGCAAGAUUUCCUUCAGCAACGCCAAGGCGCCGAAGCCCAUGCUAAACAUUAAGCGACCCGACAGCUCGGAAGGACCCCGGCCGAAGAAGUUGCACUCGGACCUGAGCACCAGUGAUCGCAAGUCUCUUUUGGGCAACAUUGAGGCUGUCUACAAUGCUCUGAUGUCGAUGGAGGACAUGGAGCGCACCAUGCCACCACCCCCCGAGGAAGGUGACACGGAAGCUAUCCAGGAGCAUAUGGAAUGGCGACAAAAGGUUCAGUCUCUCAACCAGAAACUGUGGCAAGCCCUUAAAGUCAUGGAGCCUAUUGUUCCCAACGCAACCACCCCCCACCCCUUCAUUGCAUUCCUGUCCUACCCGAAGGGCAAGAAGGCGAUUCCCCGUAUCUUCCGUCAUAUCGAUCAAGAGCAACGCGUCACCAUCCUCACCAUGAUUGUGGUUCACCUGGACAGCUUGGACGUGGUGCGUCUUGCACACCCGUCAGGACCUGGUGACGCCCAGUUGCCUGUCGCGGUGCGUGAAGCCAUUGAUCUCUUCUCACUGGCUGUGAUGCCGAGCUUGCUGGGCUACGUGAAUGAGGCACCUUUCAACAUAAUUAUUGGCCUUCUGGGUCUGGUGAUUGCCCAGACUCAGGUAAUUUCGGUGGCUCGCACCAAGAUUGGUCUGGGUAUCCUGACCAUGUUGCUCAGUCGGGCCGAGAUCGUCAAGGAGGCCGGUCAGGCCUCCGAGCGUGAUUGGCAACAGUGGGUGGACAAGUUUAAUGACCUAUUUGACAUGUUGGAGCCCGGUCUGGCACAUAUCUUCCCGGGUUCAAUCAACACUGGUGACGAUAUGUACGUAUGGCAAUUCCUUGCCGCUGUGGGCAUUGGUGCCAGCCCUGAGCAACAACAGCGUCUGGUAAUUGCUGUCAAGGAUCGUGUGAUGGAAACUGUUGGCUACAGCAAGACUCUUCCCGCGGACAUGGCUAGCCAACGCCUGGGAAAUGUCAACCUAUUCAUGCGGGCCAUUGGUCUGGACGUGGAACUUCUUGGUUAA